CAAAAGACUUUAAAGGGAGAUUUGGACAAUAUAUUUCUUCAAACAGAACCUCUCACCAAAACAGAUCCGAGAGGAACGAGGACAACAAAUUCCAGAAACUUUUAGCUGGAAAACUGAAGAUCAGAGUUCUGAAGGAUGACACAUCAAUAGACCCACCUCAGUCAGCAGCUUCCCAUUCUGUCCCUACCUCUGGUACUGGACUGACAAGCAGAGUAAAGGCAACGAUCUCAAGACCAUGUGAAACCAAGACAACUAAAUUAACAGACGCAAAGGCUCAUGUGAUCAGCCAAGACAUCAGCUGCUUCCAGAGACAGAUUAACCCUGGCGCUUUUCCCGGUACCUCUAAUCCUGAUUCCAGUACAAGCCUUGAUUCCAAUCACAGCAUCGCAUCCUCUACAAUAAGCAGACGAGAAGAUGAGAUUCCAGAGAAAGGAAAUAAAAUGAAGGAAAAACAGAUGAAAAACUCUCAUGAAUACAGCCAGGUCCUGGUUGUGACACAUGGAAAGGAAAAAGCAGCGGGGUUAAUUAAAGAUGAUAACAGUGAACUGGCCAAUUCCAGUUUUACAGGACAGUAUAAUGAGGAGGAGUCUGCAAGAUCUUUUCAGGCGGCUGUCAUGCAGUGGAGGAAAGAAAGGAGAGAUGGAACAAGAAAGCUUGUUACAACUGAUGUCCUGUGGACACCCUUUAAACCAGCAUUAGUGUCAGCAACGUCAACCCAGACUGACCUCCCUUCAGACAAAGAAGCUGAAGGACAGAAAAGGGAAGGAGCAGAAGGAAAGCUCAUUGUCAAACUGGAGUUUUCAGAAAAUAGCCUUACCCACAUGGAAAGACUGCUUCUCAAAAAGCACCGCAGGACUCCAUUUGAAAGUCCUCGAUCACAGGAUUUUGGCAUGGAUUUAAAACCACUACCUUCCAUAGACACUGAGGAAGAGAUGGCAUCAAACCUAACUGGGUUUCAGAAGCUGAUGACUCCUCUCUCCAUCCAGCCCAACCAUCCAUCACAUCGGCUCAACCCAAAACAGCUUCUGUGUGUACAGCAUCUGCUCAGGAGGCUGCCAGAACAUCAAAGAAAUCAGCCAAGUUGCCAUUUUCCAACUAUGGAUCACCACAGUUCUCCUCAUCCUCACCAGAUUCCCCAUUCAGUACUCCCAUGCCCCCCCUGCCUCCUGUUUUAACUUCAACAGACGUAUCAGUUGUGGAUGGCCCGGCGUCAGUCAUCCCAGAGGAGCAUCUUUUCUCCUCUUCAUCAACUCCUUUUUCUCUGAGGUCUACGUUCAGUGUCUCUCCAUCAGACUCUGCUCAGCAACUCUUAUUGCCAAAGUUUUACCACUCAACCCCACAACAACAAGACAGCAAGGAUGAGAUGAGGAGGGGAAGUCUUAGCCUGAUGUGUGAAGAAGAUUCCUGCAGAGAGAAAGCUCCGACACAUCUACCAAGCCAGAAAUUAAGAGAAAUGAACGAUCAGGAAAUGUGUCACCCAGAUGAUUC